GAUGUCUCGUCCCUACGUCGGCGUGCAGCAGGGCCUCCCCCAGCCAAAGGCGCGCCUGUCCCGCGGGCGCAAUCGGACGUUGUGGAGACCGUGCCACUGAAGCCCACGGCCGAGGAUCCGUCAGCCGAGCUCCGCAGGCUUCUAAGAGAGGGCGAGUCGGCGCUGAAGAAGCAGGAUCCCAG